AUGGGGCUUCUGACCAAAUUUAGAGGUGGAGAUACCCGUAAGGAGAGUGUUUCUCCCCCUUCAAAAAUCAAUGUACCCUUUCUUUCAACUAGGAGGAGAAGUAGUUCCGCGAUGAACGGCAGAUUUCGAGUGAGUACUGCGCCUGCCAGGGAUUUCUAUAUAACACUCCAAGAAGCACACAAAAUUUGGAAACCAAACGAAAUAAUAUCCGGUGAGGUUACACUUAUACUGAAAGAUGACAUUGCAAACGUUUCCAUACGUCUAUCGCUAGUCGGGGAAAUAAGGAUGAAGGCGGGGCUAGGUACAACCUCCCGAACAAAAGUAUCGGAGGAGCUCUUUGAAAAGACAACUCUUAUAUACGGAGAUGAGGAGGGAAAAGUAGGUAACUCGAGUGCCAUAGUAAAUGGUUUGACUAAAGGGGAACAUCGAUUUCCCUUUAGAAUCAAGUUACCAGCAAAGAAUGUUUUCACUUCGGUGAGCUUCGAAAGAGGGUCGAUAUCAUACCACGUACGAUGUCAGCUGGAAUCAUUCGACUCUAGUCAGCAGGACAAAGCCCUCGCGGCUUGCGAGAAGAAGUUUUCAGUGUUGGUUCCUGUAGAUGUAGGCUUACUACCGAAGCCAAAUACUAAAACGGUAGUUCUGCAGUCGCCAUCUUCAUUAAAGCAACAGAGGCCUCUUGGAGGAGAGCAAGACACAAGCUCCAGUCUGACAAAACAAACAAAUGGCUCGCGAAGUUCUAACAAUACAAUUGGAUCAACUUCCUCUCAGAAAACUGUCACCAUAAGCGUGGAUCUACCAUCUUCUGGGUUUGUUAUCGGGGAAAUAAUUCCCGUGAAAUUGAAGCUAGAACAUUAUAAAGAGUAUUCGCAUCCUACUGGGCUCAUUGCAACCCUAGUAAGAAUUUGUCGAGUAUGUGGCUCGUCUAAGGAUGAGCCAAUGGAAACGUUCAGAAAAGACAUCUGCCAAACAGUCGGACCAAUAUACGUAGAUCCAGAAUCGCAUGAAUGCACGAUAACAGUUUAUCUGAAAGUUCCCUUAGACGCAUUUCCCACACUUACGAUGCCUUCCAGACAUUUUUCCUUUCAGUAUUAUGUUGAAGUCCUAGUUAAUUUGUCAAGGAAGAACCUUGUAUUCACCGAGUCAAAUCGGGUAAUCGGAACAGGAUCUAACUCCGAUCUAUCAGUGUCCAAGUUAGGCUCUACCAUGGAGGAAACGGUGGCAAACUUACAAAGGAAAUUAAGAAGUGGGCCACACGGGGACCCCAUGAAGAACGACGAUCGUGAAUCACUUAUUUUCUUCAAAGAUCUCAUUAAUGUUGACAAGCUCAAAAGACUGAGAAACGUUACUGGCAUGUCAAUUGAAGUGGUAGUCGGAACAAACAGGAGCAAACAAAUUGAUCUGGAGGACGCUGAGAGUGCAGAAGGUCAUUUACAGCCGCAAUCUGAUUCAGAAUCCGAAGCGCUAAUGCAUGCACAAUUGCAGCCUCUAUCGCAUACACAACUUCGCUUAGGAACACAUCCACCACUACAUUCUGCCAAAGAAUUACAUGCAUACUCGACAACUUAUGGUCUCGAUAAUGAUGAGCAAUAUGUGAUGCCAUUACCGCAAUAUACGCCCAAUUCAUUAUAUGAUACCGUGGAGGACAAAGACGAGCUGGAGCGACGUAGAUUACAGGAACUGGAAAGUGAACCGCCUCCAGAUAAUGAUGGUCCGAAUUAUUAA